AUGGGGUCCCGAACCAAAGGGGAUAAAUAUGUUCCGUCCAAGGAAGGGAAACAUGCCUACGUCAAUAAAGGAAUGGAUACACCCAGCGUGUACACGAUCGAGAGUUCCCAACAGUACGGGGGAUCACGUGAUACAAUUCCUACCCCUGGACGAAGGGGCUCCUUCUCAUCCGCCAUGGAAUCUAGUUGGGAUGGGUCAAAACUGUCACUCCCUUCCCUUCCUCAGUCUUCGGGUAAACCAAGUGUGGCGGCCUCCACAGCUGAAUUAUUAGAUGGAAGUGGGAACUCCUCCCAGGGAGAGAACUCGGGGGAGAGGGAGACGUGGGACAAUAAAGCACAGUAUAUCCUUGCGGUUGUAGGAUACGCCGUAGGACUUGGGAAUGUGUGGAGAUUCCCCUACCUGGCCCAGAAAAAUGGCGGAGGUGCCUUUCUGAUUCCAUAUACUAUCAUGUUAGCGAUAGAGGGAAUCCCAAUUUUCUACCUCGAGCUGGUGGUAGGUCAACGCCUGCGCAAAGGUGCGAUUGGCGCAUGGAACCAAGUGUGUCCAUACCUAGGAGGCAUUGGGAUUGCCAGCUGUUUUGUGUCGUUCUGGGUAGCUCUGUACUAUAAUACUAUCAUCGCAUGGUGCAUUUACUAUCUGGUACAAAGCUUCCGGGACCCGUUACCAUGGGCACAUUGUCCAGAAGUUCAAGACGCAGUCCUUGGGAGUAAAGCUGUAACGGAGUGUGCGAAUAGCGAUCCUCGGUCGUAUUUUUGGUAUCGCGGAGCCCUGAAUAUUUCGCCUUCAGUGGAGGAGGGUGGCGAUCUCAACUGGUGGAUACUGGUCAGUUUGAUGGUGUCGUGGCUCAUUGUAUUUCUCUGCAUGGUCAAGGGCAUUGCAUCUUCGGGAAAGGUUGUGUAUGUGACCGCCACCUUCCCGUACCUGGUAUUGGUCAUAUUCUUUUUCCGUGGGGUAACGUUAGAGGGCUUCUACCAUGGUCUCGAACAUUUCUUCGUCCCUGACUUCAGUCGCCUUGGGGAUCCACAAGUCUGGUUGGAGGCUGCCACUCAGAUUUUCUUCUCGCUCGGACUCGCGUUUGGAGGUUUGAUCGCCUUUUCAUCUUACAUGCCCGUUCGGAACAACUGUUAUCGGGACGCACUUCUCGUAUCCAUUGUCAACUGUGGGACCUCAGUGUUCGCCGGAAUCGUCAUCUUCUCGAUCCUGGGUUUUAAAGCGACUAAAGCAUACGACAGUUGUGUGGACACCAGAAACACGGAACUGUUGCAGCUAUUCAACACCACAUCCAUCCACCCUCCACCAGCCGGAACUACCAUCAAUGUGACCAAAUUUGAUCCCGUGCUCAAGCUGUGGGGCACUGUGCAGACCAGCAUGCCAGACAUUACUUCCUGUGAUUUCAAAUCUGAAAUAGAAAAGUCGGGAUCAGGAACAGGGCUUGCUUUUAUUGCAUUCACGGAGGCCGUGACGCAGUUUCCGGCUGCGCAGUUUUGGGCCGUUCUGUUUUUCCUGAUGUUGCUCACACUUGGAUUAGACAGCAUGUUCGGUACAUUAGAGGGAGUCAUCACCUCGAUCGUUGACAUGAAUCUGAUCACAAAUCUACGAAAAGACUUCUUGGCCGCCUUGAUAUGUCUGGUGUCCUUUAUAAUGUCCUUCUGCUUCGCUAACCAGUCAGGACCAUAUAUAUUUACCCUGUUUGACGAGUACAGUGGGAACAUUCCUCUUCUGGUCAUCGCUCUAUCUGAGGUCAUCGCUAUCGCUUAUAUCUAUGGACUCAAAAGAUUUGGAGACGACAUACAGCUGAUGACGGGCCAAAGACCUAACUGGUACUGGUUGGUGAUGUGGAAAUACGUGUCGCCCGCCGCCAUGUGUAUAAUACUGAUCGCCAGCGUCGUCAAGAUGGCCGUCUCUGGUACUUCGUAUGACGCCUGGUCGGCUGUCGAGGCGGACACCGUAAAACAACAGUGGCCAGGCUGGUGCAAAUUCCUUGCCGCGUUUCUGAUAUUAACCUCCUUACUUUGGAUACCGAUAGUCGGUAUUUUGAAAUAUUUCAAUAUAGUCAAAUGGAAGCCAGAAGAACCUGCAGAUUUUCCAGAGGACGAAUUAAUCCAAGAGAGAAAUAUAAAACCGUAUAUACCUACAGCAAGGGAACGGAAACUGUUUUACUGGAGGGAGACAUUAUGA